UUCAUGUCUUUAUCGUCUGUGAAAGUGUGAAACCGUGGAGACUGUGGAGAGUCCGAAUUGUGGCUUGCGGUUGCGGUACAAGGCUGCUUUGUUGCGGUUCGCACAACCGUAGUCCACCCCCUACGAUCUUUAUAAUAAUUAUUGUAAUAAAUUAUAGGUUAUCAAUCUUUGUCAAACUUUAAUCAUCUGAAUCCGGCGCCUAACCUUCCAAAAACCAAGUCACGUUUUUUUAUGGCAUCGUGCCGUCUUUGAUAUUCUUACUGUUCAUGAAUUAGUGACUACCGAAUUUCCGGCCAUGGAGGAGCUUGCGUGUGUCCGGUGCAUGAGCUCCAAAUUCCGGAACCCAAACCUCGUGUUCAGCUUCAAUGUGUGCGGGCAUACCAUGUGCGCAAAUUGCAUAGAAGUGGCGUUCAUGAAAGGUUCUGGUCCGUGCCCUAAAUGUCUCAUUCCUCUACGACGUAACGGUUUUAAACUUCAACAGUUUGAAGAUGCUUCARUUGAUGUGGAAGUAGAAACACGAAAAAAAAUAUUACAAGAUUUCAACAAAACUGAAGAUGAUUUUGAAUCUUUAGAUGAUUAUAAUGAAUAUUUAAUAGAAAUUGAAGAUAUUAUAUACAAUCUGGUUAGGAAUAUUAAUGUAAUUGAAACUAAAGAACGUAUUGAUCAAUAUAAAAGAGAAAACAAAGAAAUUAUUAUGAGGAAUAGAAUGAAGUCUAAGCGUGAAGAACAAGCCUUAGAUGAAUUAAUUGAAGAAGAAAAGAUGCAUACUCAGUAUAAAAGAGAUGAAGUUUUAAGAGAUGAAGCUGAACAGAGAACUAAAAAACUACGAGUAGAUUCUGAAUUGAUUGAUAGUUUAGCACGCUCUAAUUCUGAUGCUAGAGACAUUGUUAACACAUAUACACAUAAAAAGGAAGAAAUUCCUGUCUCGAAACCAAAACCUAUUUCUAAACCUAUAAACUUUACAAAAUUUUCAACUGGUGUGAAAUUCAACCAGUCUUCUGUAUCAAUCUCAAUAAAAGAAGGUCCAUUAUUCAAAUAUGAACCAGUUUCUCAUCAACUUAAUGGCCCUUCCUGCCCAGAUAUUACACAAUUAGAUUCAUUAGGGUAUAUGAAAUACAUCAGAAGAGAAAGUUCUCAAGAACUUGCGGGUGGAUUUUUAAUAAAAACUUCCUGCUUACAUUAUGUACAAGAAUGUGUUUCAUCCUUGUAUGAAAGAAAGACUGGUAAAGUAUAAUAACUAAAUUUAAAUUCCAAUUAUGUGUUCAUUACCAAAGCUGUACAGAUGUAUUAAUUAAUGUAUAUGUUAAGUUACUUAAUAUUUUUUGACCUUAUUUAUACUUAUAUUUAUUUUUAAUUUCAA